AUGCUCUGCUCAAAGUCUCUUCCGACUCUUAGAGCACACAGUGUCACCGCUUUCGCCGGACGGUGUUACUCUACAACCUCGAUUCCGGCCGCAGGUCCUUCGUCUGCUGCACGAGACAGCCAACAUGACGAAGAUGAACUGAAGAGGAGGAGAAGGACGGAGUGGAAACGGAAACAAAAUGGCCAGUCCUUCCUAGACCACACCAUCGUUCACAUCCGCGCAGGGAAUGGUGGAAAUGGCUGUGUUGCCUUUCAUCGCGAACUUUACAAGCCAUACGGCCCCCCUUCUGGUGGCAACGGCGGACGGGGUAGCGACGUCUACAUCAUCCCAACCCCUCAUCUCACCAGCCUUUCUUCCGUAUUAACCCGUGUACGGGGCCCUCAUGGCGGCAAUGGGCAAGGCACCUGGCAAAACGGGAGAAACGGGGCUCCGGUCAUCAUCAGAGUCCCUCUGGGUACCAUCGUUCGCGAAUUGCCACGCGACGACCCUCGACGACAGCCGGACGAAUUCGAGGCGGAGGCCGCAGAGAUCCUGGCGUACCCGGAGGAGGAGCGGAAGAACCGGAUGCGCGACCGUCGGUGGGUUCAUUACCCUGCCUUCGCCGAUGACAACACGCAACGCGACGACUUCAAGCAGGCGGAGCGGGCGAUGUUCAUACAAGAGCGAGAAAAGCGGCUGGUACGGAGACUCCAGAUGAAGAAUUCAGUCUUCUUGGACUUGGACAAGCCGGAGGAGACCGCCGAAGCAGAGGACCCCAACGCGCCUCUUGGACAUCGGAGAACAGAGCCAUUGGGUCACCUCGUCGCUCGUGGGGGUGUGGGUGGGCUGGGCAACCCAGCCUUCCUCUCUCCGACGAUGCGGUCACCGAAGUGGGCAACAAGAGGUUCCCCGGGGGAACGCAUCUCCCUCGCUCUGGAGCUCAAGCUCCUUGCGGACAUCGGGUUGGUUGGGUUCCCCAACGCUGGGAAAAGCACAUUACUGCGGGCAAUCACGGGCGGACGCGCGCGGACGGAAGUUGCUGGGUACGCCUUCACCACCCUCAACCCCGUCGUGGGCAUCGUACGGGUUUUAGACGACGGGGGCUUCACGGGCGAGACGGAGGGCGCGGUCUACGACGAGACGCGCCUUGAGGAGGCCCGCGACCGGGAGCUCAUGGAGUCGGGCGCGCUGGCGGAUGCGCUCACGCGUAACCAACAGCGCGCUCUCGAUCGCGACCAAUCCCUCCAAGAUGACAUGGAGGUCUUCCGGUUCACCGUCGCGGACAACCCGGGUCUCAUCGAGGACGCAUCGGUGAACGUUGGACUAGGGCACUCGUUCCUCCGCUCCAUCGAACGCUCUCAUGCGCUGGCGUAUGUGGUCGACCUUGCCGGAGAGGCCCCGUGGGACGAGCUGCGCAUACUCCGCGAGGAGCUCGAGCGGUACAAGCCUGGGAUGAGCGCCAUGGCGCGCCUCGUCGUUGCAAACAAGGCCGACCUCCUGGGAGGAAGCGGCGCCGCGCCUGAAGACGUCGACGCAGCACGGGAGAAGCUUCGUCGUCUCCAGGCAUUCGUUGCGGAGGAGAUGCGCGUCCCGGUCAAGGACGAGACUGGAGAGGCCGUUGCAGAGCAGACGUUGGACGUCGUGCCGGUGUCGGCCAAGUUCAGUCUGAACUUGAAAAAGGUGGUGACACUCAUGCGAGCCUACGUCGAGGAGGCACGAGAGCGAGAGGCGAAGGACAAGAGCUGA